GAAUUCUCUCGUCAGAUCAUCCAGAACACACACCACUCUAGACUCUACCUCGCUUCGGCCUUUUCCAUCCAUAGCACAGUUGGGUGUAGAGAGAACGUGAGCGCGCGGCUAGCUUGGGACGGGGGAGGCCGGGAGGAUGGUGCUGGGCGAGCAAGCGGAGGACGCCAUCGUGGCGGACGUCGCCAACAUCAACGGCAAGGAGGGGGAGGUGCGCGCGAUGGGUGUCGAGGACGAUCCUGAGCAGCACGACGGCAAGUUCGGCAUGAAGAGCCUGCUCUGGCACGGCGGCUCCGUCUGGGACGCCUGGUUCAGCUGCGCCUCCAACCAGGUGGCGCAGGUGCUGCUGACGCUGCCGUACUCGUUCUCGCAGCUGGGCAUGCUCUCCGGCGUGCUGCUGCAGGUGUUCUACGGCCUCAUGGGCAGCUGGACCGCCUACCUCAUCAGCGUCCUCUACGUCGAGUACCGCGCCCGCAAGGAGAAGGAAGGCGUCAGCUUCAAUAACCACGUCAUCCAGUGGUUCGAGGUUCUGGAUGGGCUCCUGGGCCCGUAUUGGAAGGCCGCCGGGCUCGCGUUCAAUUGCACGUUCCUGCUCUUCGGCUCUGUCAUCCAGCUGAUCGCCUGCGCAAGCAACAUAUACUACAUCAACGACCGGCUGGACAAGCGGACGUGGACGUACAUCUUCGGCGCCUGCUGCACCACCUCCGUGUUCAUCCCCUCCUUCCACAACUACCGCGUCUGGUCCUUCCUCGGCCUCGGCAUGACUACCUACACCGCCUGGUACCUCACCGUCGCCGCGGCCGUCCACGGCCAGGUCGACGGCGUGACGCACUCGGGCCCGAACAAACUAGUGCUGUACUUCACCGGCGCCACCAACAUCCUCUACACUUUCGGCGGCCACGCGGUCACUGUCGAGAUCAUGCACGCGAUGUGGAAGCCACGGAAGUUCAAGUACAUUUACCUGGUGGCAACGCUGUACGUGUUCACGCUGACGCUGCCGUCGGCGGCGGCCAUGUACUGGGCGUUCGGCGACCAGCUGCUGAACCACUCGAACGCCUUCUCGCUGCUGCCGCGGACCGGGUGGCGCGACGCGGCAGUGAUCCUGAUGCUGAUCCACCAGUUCAUCACGUUCGGGUUCGCGUGCACCCCGCUCUACUUCGUGUGGGAGAAGGUGGUGGGCAUGCACGGCACCAGGAGCGUCUGCCUGCGCGCGCUGGCGCGGUUCCCCGUCGUGGUGCCCAUCUGGUUCCUCGCCAUCAUCUUCCCCUUCUUCGGGCCCAUCAACUCCGCCGUCGGCGCGCUCCUCGUCAGUUUCACCGUCUACAUCAUCCCCGCACUCGCCCACAUGCUCACGUACCGCUCGGCGUCCGCCAGACUGAAUGCGGCGGAGAAGCCGCCGUCCUUCCUGCCGAGCUGGACGGGGAUGUUCGUGGUGAACGCGUUCGUGGUGGCGUGGGUGCUGGUGGUCGGCUUCGGGCUCGGCGGGUGGGCCAGCGUUACCAACUUCGUCAGGCAGAUCGACACGUUCGGGCUCUUCGCCAAGUGCUACCAGUGCCCCCCGAAGGCGCACGCUCCGGCAGCGGCAGGGUCGGCGGCGCCGCGCCACUAACUAGCGAGUGCCAGAGGCUGAACGUGCCGGCGCCGGCCGGAAACAGGGAGCUUCUCAGCGCGUAAAAACAAGCAUUUGGGCUGCUGGUUUCUCGCCGCCUUUGUAACAUACCACCCUCCCAGAGUGAGUACAACAUAGCGGAACAGCUUGCGAGUUCACAGACUAGAAAUACCGCCUUAGACUUGGAUUUGUCGCGUGGCUUUGAUACAUCAGUUGGUGUCGUUUUCUUUGUUUGGGUUAUUGCACAUGGUCGUAGGUUCUUCGGUUCUUGUUACAUGCUGUGUGAUACAAGAAUGUCGUGUACAAUUCUCAUUUUUUGUUUGUUUCAUCGGUUUUGAUCUAUGGUCUCAUUUCUCUUGCAUCACUCAGAGGCCUACUUUAGAGAUUUAAGGAUAUUGCAAGAAUUUGCAGUAAGACAGUCCAAUUCCAAUAUCAGCUACCAGUUCAACACCAAUUUUGGAUCCAACCUAGAGUGCACUAAAGUCAUACAUAACUGAUUUGUUCUUACAAGUGGAUGGUGGGCCACAACCAAAAUAUAUUUCACAUUCGUAACAACAUUUUCUUGUAGCAAAAUGUAUUCUAUUUUGCUGCUCAGGUCCUAAUUCUUAUGUUAGCAGCCAAGCCACUUACUCCCUCCAAUCAUAAAUAUAUAUCUCGUUAAAAAAUAUUCGGUCAAACUUUUAAAAUUUUGACUAAUAAUAGUUUUCAAAAUAUUUAGUUUGAAAAUUUUAAAAUCAUGUGUAUAUUUGUUUUGAAAAAAUCUUCUAUAAUAGCACAAAUAGUUUUUAUAAAUAUAUUUUAAUAAAAA